AUGGCAACAAAAGAGGUGGCUCGAUGUCAUCUGCUGGUUUCGAAGCCGAGAUUGGUGAUUCUACUGGGGCAGUCAAGUCCCGCAGGAGGGUCGUCCAAGCGCCAACGGACGACCUCCUCGCCAGGAGCAAAGGAACAAUGCGGGGGCAGUAGGACGACGGCACCACACAAACCCGUCAACGCAUACGACCUCCAUACACUAUCGCCGGAGGCAACGGUUCUGCCAGGAGGACGGCUGCACAACGUGAUCAUCAUACGGCAAUGGCCCCAGCAAAAAGGUGGAGUUCUGCUCACAGCAUGCCAAGCCAGGCAUGAUCAACCUCGUCAGCAAGCGGUGCGGCCAUCCAGGGUGCAUGAAGCUCCCGUCAUAUGGAAAAGACGGUAGCAAGGGGCCAGAGUUCUGCACCCAGCACAGCCAGGAGGGUAUGGUCAAUGUCCGUGGCAGGAGGUGCGGCCAUCCAGGUGCACGAAGGGGGCACCAUAUCGUAAAGAUAGCAACCACAAGGCGGAGUUCUGCGCCUAGCACAGCCAGGAGGGUAUUGUCAAUACCGCCAGCAAGAGGUGCGGCCACCCAGGGUGCGUGAAGUGGCCGUCAUACGCUCACGACCUCGGCAAGAAGCCGGAGUUCUGCUCGCAGCACAGGCAGGAGGGUAUGGUCAAUGUCCGUGUUAUGAAGUGCGGCCAUCCAGAGUGCACGAAGAGGGCAUCAUACCGUAAAGAUGGCAACCACAUGGCGGAGUUCUGCGCGCAGCACAGCCAGCAG